UAGCACAUUCACUGAAGAGGAGAGGUAUAUUAUUCUGAGCUUCAUCCAAGGGACAAAGAAAGGUGUUAAGCAGCUGCAGCCAAGCCAAGAGAAGCUAGACACAAUCCCGGUACUGUUGUCUCAUUUGUGUGGUGGCCGGAGGCUCUGCAUUUUCUGCCUGUGUCUGUCUCUGUUAACCCCAAGCCUGCAGCUUCACCUGUUACAACUUUGCCUAGCUGCUGCUUUAAAUAGUCUGUUGCUUACUUCUCCAGUCCUUUUAGAGAAGGAGAGUUGGGUUACAUGAACACAGAUAAAUUGUAAAAUGAGUGCUGGCUAUGUAGCUUUACUUUUCCUCUUGCCUGCUCUACAAUCAGUUUCUAAGGACUCCUCUGAGGGUAGUAGAAAAAAUGCCGCAGGUGAAAAUUCCAGCGGGGGAGAAACAAACGGAUGAUGCCAUGCGCUCCUUUGCGGAAAAGGUCUUUGCCUCAGAGGUGAAAGAUGAAGGCCAGCGUGAAAUCUCUCCCUUUGAUGCAGAAGAGACUUGCCCUAUCUCAAAUACAGAAAUGAAAGAUCACAUCAUCCAUGAAGAGACUGGAAGUGAUUCUGGAAAAAGGAAGAAGAGACUCUUGAAACUGAAAACUAUUGCACUGGUUGUUCCUCUUGUAGGAAAGUCUUCAACCAAACUGUCUACCUUGGAUGAAGUUAUAUCUACCAAUGCUCUGUACCAAGCCGUGCCCAAAUUCCAACGUGUUCAGAUCACAGGAGACUAUGCUGCUGGGGUGACGGUGGAGGACUUUGAAUCAGUCUGCAGGGGCCUAUAUCGUGCCCUGUGUAUCCGAGAGAAGUAUAUGCAGAAAUCCUUCCAGCGUUUCCCCAAGACUCCUUCUCAGUUCCUGCGUACCAUUGAGAAUGACAUGUGGAAACCCAAUGAUGAUCUGUGGCCAGCAUUUACCCCAGUUGUGAAGGAUGGUGAAGAUCCUUUCCGGUCUGACAAUCUCCCUGAGAAUUUGGGCUACCAUUUGGAAAUGAAGGAUGGUGUGAUGUACAUCUAUGCUGACAAAGCAGCCGCUGCCAGGGGUGAGCCCAAGGACCUGCCCUAUCCUAACCUGGAGGUCUUCACUGAUGACAUGAACUUUCUGCUGGCCCUUAUAGCUCAAGGGCCUGUAAAAACCUAUACACACCGACGCCUUAAAUUCCUCUCCUCCAAGUUCAGUGUUCAUGAGAUGCUGAAUGAGAUGGAAGAGUUGAAGGAGCUGAAGAAAAACCCCCAUCGGGACUUCUAUAAUUGUCGGAAGGUUGACACACACAUCCAUGCUGCAGCUUGCAUGAACCAGAAGCACCUGCUGCGAUUCAUUAAGAAGUCAUACCGGGUUGAUGCUGAAAGGGUGGUUUACAAAUCCAAGGAACAGUCAUUAACACUGAAGCAGCUUUUUGAGCACCUCAAACUUGAUCCAUAUGACCUGACUGUGGACUCACUUGAUGUUCAUGCAGGCCGCCAAACCUUCCAACGCUUUGACAAGUUCAAUGCCAAGUAUAACCCUGUGGGUGCCAGUGAGUUGCGUGAUCUCUAUCUCAAGACUGAAAAUGCCAUCAAUGGUGACUACUUUGCUACCAUCAUCAAGGAGGUUGGCUCUGACUUGGAGGAUGCCAAAUACCAGUAUGCAGAACCCCGACUUUCCAUCUAUGGAUGUUCACCAGAAGAGUGGCCCAAAUUAGCCAGCUGGUUCAAUAAACAUCGUGUUUAUUCACCCAACAUGAAAUGGAUGAUCCAAGUGCCCAGAAUCUAUGAUGUGUUCAGAAAGAAGAACUUUCUACCUCACUUUGGGAAGAUGCUGGAGAACAUUUUUCUGCCAGUGUUUCAAGCAACAAUCAACCCACAAGAUAAUAAAGAGCUUAGUGUUUUUCUACGCCAUAUUACUGGUUUUGACAGUGUAGAUGAUGAGUCCAAACACAGUGGGCACAUGUUCUGUACCAAGAGCCCCAAGCCAAAUGAGUGGAGCCAUGAGAAGAAUCCAUCCUACACAUAUUAUGUGUACUACAUGUAUGCCAACAUCAUGGUACUCAAUAACCUUCGACGGGAACGUGGCAUGAACACCUUCCUGUUUCGUCCUCACUGUGGAGAAGCUGGUGCUAUCACCCAUCUGAUGGCUGCUUUCAUGACUGCAGAUAACAUUUCCCAUGGUUUGAACCUGAAGAAGACACCUGUGCUGCAGUAUCUAUACUUCCUAGCACAGGUUCCUAUCGCCAUGUCCCCUCUCAGCAACAACAGCCUCUUCCUGGAAUAUGCGAAGAACCCACUUCUUGAUUUCCACCAGAAGGGACUGAUGGUGUCACUGUCCACCGAUGACCCAAUGCAGUUCCACUACACCAAGGAACCUCUCAUGGAAGAGUAUGCCAUUGCUGCCCAAGUCUUCAAACUCAGCACCUGUGACAUGUGUGAGAUUGCACGUAACAGUGUCCUCCAAAGUGGUCUUUCUCAUGAGGAAAAGCUCCAUAUUCUGGGAAAGAAUUACCAAGAAGAGGGGCCACAGGGGAAUGACAUCCGCAAGACCAAUGUGGCUCAGAUUCGCAUGGCCUACCGCUAUGAGACAUGGUGCUAUGAGCUUGACCUUAUUGCUGAAGGGCUGAAAAUCACUGAAUAAGAAGAUCUCAGUGCAGAGGCUUAUCACUUCAGAUUCCUGGCAGAACUUCAGAGAAGGUUCUCGAAAAGAAGAGAAGAGAAAAGCAUGUCAUUCGAGUUUGGGCAAUUGAAGGGGUGGGAGGAAUUGGGGAUACAGUCCUACCUCUGUUGUUUCAGACAACAUAAAUGUGUUAAAAAGAA